GUCACCUUUGCCGGACGUCGUCAACGGCACCUGUCGGGCAGCAGCUCGUGCAAUAAUGGCGCGGCGCACCUACGCGAACGCUGCUUGGCUACUGGUCGCAGUCCUUGCAUGUGGAGUGGUUGCGACCCGUGCUCAGUACUGUACCGCGCUAUACGCCCCAGUCUGCGAUGUCAAGACCGGGACGACCUACCCGAACCUGUGCACUGCGCUGAACAGCGGGCUUACUAAGGACCGGCUCAAGGAUGGCGAGUGCGCUGACCCGUGCGUUUGCCCGCUCUACCUGACUCCCAUCUGCGACACACACGGCCGCUCCUGGGGCAACCCGUGCCUGGCCCGCUGUGGCGGCAUCCCGGCGGGCGCAUGGCGGCCCGGCCCCUGCGACUCCCCCAAGCGCUUCGUGGGCGGCGUGGAGGACGUGACUGCCAACUGCGGUAACAAGGUCCAGUGCCUGCGGGACCCCUGCUCCGACCCCUGGCCCUCCACCUGCUCCAACCCUCUGCCUGCCGGUGCCGUGUGCCUCAGCAACUACUGCCCCCACCUGACGCUGCCGGGCGGCCAGCAGCCCGGACCCUGCAGUGCCGUGUGGGUGGACCCCGCCACCCGCCAGCCGGUGACCUGCGUCAGCGGUGGCAGCGGCGCGACGGCGCUGUCGGCCACGACUGCAUCCACAGACGCGGCGGAGGCGCCCUGCACCUGCCCGCUCGACCGCAACCCGGUGUGUGUCAACAGGCUGACCUACCCCAGCCUGUGUAUGGCCAAGUGCGCGGGCGCGGUCCCCAAGGACGCCACUUCGGGCUGGAAGCUGGGUGUGUGCGGGCCCCAAAACCCCUUCCCCACGUGCCCGGGCAACCCCAACACGCCGCCGGUGCCGCGCUGCCUGUGGCCCUGCUCCUCGGGGCCCUGCACGGCCGACCCGUCUGCCAUCUGUGUGCCCAACCCCUGCGGCACGCUGCUCACCUACCGCGGCUACAAGGUGGGCGCCUGUGACGCGGUCUGGAUCGACUCCAAGGGCGCGGUGGUGGAUGCGUGCAUGCCGCAGCCCGACGACAUCUAUAGCUGCAACGCGGGCAGCCCUCAAUUCUUCUGUACCGUUGAGAACUCCAACGCCUGCGACACCGCCACCUGCCCCGGCGCGCCAGCCAGCGCCCAGUGCCUGGUCAAGACCUGCAACCUGACCUACCGUAAUCAGCUGCUCCCGGCCUGCGCACCCAUUUUCUAUGACCCAGCCACUGGCGACGUCUACAACUGCGGUGCAUAGGUGCCGCGCCGCCGCCUGCUCCACUAGGGGAAACUAGAGGGUUGCUGUGCGGCCGUGCCGUAGCAGCGGAGUAGCAGGGCCGCCGAAGGGCCGUUGAUGAAUUGCUCAAGCAUUAGCAUGGCCAGACAUGGCAUAGCAGUACAGACAUAGUAGCCGGGACACACAGCAAGCGACCGGCGCACACACAUCCAGGUCCGUGUUCGUGUACAUGGCAUGUGCAUACCGUAUGUUCAUACAUACACAUCUGUGUUCACCUGACAUUUUGAAAGCGGUAUCUAGCUCAUCGUAGCUCAUUAAUUUUGCCGGACUCGAACGAACGCUCCGUCCCUAGCUGGCAUCAAGGCUACCAUGUUGUGACCAGUGGGCGCAUGCUGCUGCAUUUAUGAGCGUGGAGGCGUGAACCGUUAGGGCCGUGCGUGGUGGGGCGGCGUCGGGUGAGUUCGCUCAGGCAAGAGCGUGCACCAUUGCUGCAAUGCCUGCACGUGGGGGGAUCAUCUUUUAGUAA